CUUUUCUGACAUGUCGCCCGCAGAUUCACACAGGUCGGUCUUCGAACCCACGCCCGAGAGCAUCCCCCCGGCCGACGCCGACCUCGUCCUCCGCAUCCCCGAUGGCCUGCCGACCAACAUCCAUCCUCUGAACCCUCUGCUCUUCCUCCUUCGAGCCGCACAACUCUAUCCUGACCACUUGGCCCUCGCACAUCCAGACGUCGAGUUCCCCGUGUUCUAUUCCUAUGCCGUCUGGGCGCAACGCGUCCAGAACUUUGCCUACGGCCUUAUCCACGCCGGCAUCCAUCCCGGCGACCGCAUAGCCGUCGUAGCCCCCAACUCACCCCUGAUAGCAGAUGCCCUCCAAGGCGUGAUCGGCGCCCGCGCGAUCCUCACGACGAUCAACAUCCGUCUCACGAAGCCCGAGGUCGACUACAUACUCGAGCACAGCGGCGCCAGGCUCAUCUUCGUCGACCACGAGUACGCGCACCUCGUGCAGGGCGCGAAGGCCCGCGUCAUCGUCUGCAGCGACACGGGACGCGUCGGCGAUCCGUACGAGCAGUUCCUGAGCGCCGGGAGGGCGUUCAGUCAGGAACGGGGAUGGGCGGGCUUGGAGAUGGACGCGGACGAGAACAAGCCGCAUUCGUUGAAUUAUACCUCGGGGACCACGGGGCGACCCAAAGGUGUCCUGACCACCUUGAGAGGGACAUACUUGGCUGCCAUCGCAAAUGCCUAUGAGACACAAAUGAACAAGGAGUCCACAUACCUCUGGAUCCUCCCCAUGUUCCAUGCAGCAGGCUGGACGUACCCGUGGGCAAUCACUUUCUCCUUUGCGACCCAAAUAACCCUUCGGUCCGUCAAUUAUCCUCUCAUAUGGAAACACCUGCUCCAUUCGAGAGUCACACACUAUUGCGGUGCGCCGACCGUCCAGAUUGGGAUCGUGAACGACGUCAACGCUAGGAGGGUCGACCAUCCUGUGAUGGCUAUCAUCGCAGGAGCAGCACCGACGGCGCAUCUCCUAGGAGAGUUGGAGAAGAAGGGCAUACAGCCGGUGCACGUAUACGGAUUGACGUACACGUACGGGCCCCUCACCCGCAACUACCCGCAGCCGUCCUGGUCGUCCCUCCCGCUGGACGAGCGCGCCAAGCUCACGUCCCGGCAGGGCCACGCCUUCGUGACCUCCCACCCCGCGCGCGUCGUGCGCCUCCCUACCGAGCUCCCGGCGGACGCGCCGCCCGACGCGCUCGUCGACGUCCCGAGGGACGGCAAGACGCUCGGCGAGAUCGUCAUGCGCGGCAACAUCGUCAUGCACGGCUACUUCGCCGACGCGGAUGCCACCGCGCGCGCGUUCGCGGGCGGCUGGUUCCACUCGGGCGACCUCGCCGUCUGGCACCCGGACGGGUCCAUCGCGAUCCAGGACCGUAGCAAGGACAUCAUCAUCUCGGGAGGAGAGAACGCGUCCAGUCUGGCGAUCGAACAAGAGCUGUCGAGCCACCCCGACGUGCUCGAGGUGUCCGUCGUGGGCCGCGAACACCCGCGCUGGGGCGAGCGCCCGAUGGCCUUCGUGAUCCUCCACGCCGCCGCCGCGGCGCGCUGGGCGGGCAAGCACGGCCACUUCGCGGAUGCGCUCAAGACGCACGCGCGCGCGCGCCUCCCGGGCUUCGCGACGCCGGAGUGGGUCGAGGUGGUCGCGGAGCUGCCCAAAACGUCGACGGGCAAGAUUCUCAAGACGGCGCUCCGCAAGCGCGCGGCAGCCGCGGCGUCGUCCGCCAAGCUGUAGGCCGUGGAGCACUGGAUCAGGAGAGACAUGCAUCAGGGAGCACUGCAGGUAGACGCGCAGGGGGGCCUCGACUCGUCUGCAGAAGGCCGUCAGCGGAAGUGAACUAACCGAUCGGAUCUUUGGGGGUUCCUAAUGUAACAUCUAUUGUAUUGCAUAUGAUGUCGAAUCGUCAUCCGUUGCUGGUGCGGGACGGUAUCAUGAGUAGGUACUGCACACGGAGAAUAAGAUAUGGAUUCUGAGAACGAAGACAGUGAUGUGAGAGAGUGAGGGAGCAUGCGGAGAGACAAGAAAAGAGGGAGGGGGGAGGGGGGGAAAGAACAAUCGUGACACAGAGAGCCUACGUAAAUCGGGAAGAAGAGAAAAAAAAAGGGGAGAGUGAGAGGACGAGAGUCGAAAACGAAAGAAAAUAAUGAGUCGAUAAGAGGAAAUAUGGAUAUUACGAAGGAAUGCGCGCGUGACAAGAGCCGGUGGGGGGUUCGUAUUCGUGGGGACAUGGCCGACAUGAAUGGAGUUGAAAAGUAUCCAUGAGAUCAAGAAGAGAUGACGAUCUGCUGCUGCUGCGAAUAAAUAGUGACAUGAUUCUUUUGAGAGUGGCCCGACCGAUCCAGACCCUCCGCUCCGCCGUCCAAAAACUGCGCCCGCGCGUGCAAUGGCAUGUACUGUAUAUACAGCUCCAACUCCGGCACAACGGUACACUACGACGAGCCCAGCGGGCACAGGCGCAGUAUCCGGAACGCGAUGCCGUUGCGCUCGCAGAGGUAGAUGUUGUCCCCACGCCUACCGAGGAAGAUCACCUCGUCGCGCGCGCGCUCCGCCUCCGCGUCCCCGAGCUCCGGCCGCCCAGGCGACCGCCCGGGGCCGGUGCUGAGCUUCUUCACGGGUGCCCCGAGGCGGUGCGAGUGGGACUUG